AUAGUUUACUCGCGAAUAAAGAAAUUACACCGAAUACCCAACGUUACGCAAAUCUAAAUCUUUGCACCGUGUGAGCAACUGGCGGCUGCGGAGGUAAUUGUUUUGGGUAGAUUCACGUGCUUCCGUCGUAUCCCUCGUUCGUGCAAUGUCCGUCAAAGUUGUAGCAAACGCAAAUCAUAUUUUCCUAUCGAGAAAUCUGGCGCAAUAUCAGCGAAAUCCUUUGCUCUAUUCAACAUAUAGAGGGAUUUUCGACUUUACACCAAUAACGAAAACACGACGUGAAUUUACCCAAAAGAAGCUGGUUGGAUACUCAAUGCAACAGCUUUACUCCGUAGUUGCUGAUGUUGAAAAAUACAACACUUUUGUACCAUUUUGUAAAAAAUCCUUCGUGUAUAACCGGAAGCCGGGAUCCCUGAAGGCAGAUCUUAUUAUCGGAUUCCCUCCGCUAAAUGAAAGCUACACCUCGAACGUAACGCUCGUUACGCCCACACUCGUCAAAGCGGAGUGUGUCGAUGGUCGCCUGUUCAACUACCUGCUGACGGCAUGGCAGUUUAGCCCGGGGUUGAAGGACAUCCCGCAAUCGAGCGUGAUUGAUUUCAUGGUAUCGUUUGAGUUCAAAUCGUUGCUACAUUCGCAGCUUUCGAAUUUGUUUUUCGACCAGCUCGUAAAGCAAAUGGAAUAUGCAUUCAUACAGGAAGCCGAACAAAGGUUCGGUCCACCGGCUAUCAAGAGCCAUGUGUUAGUGUCCAACAAAUCUUGACCCAGGCAUCCACACAAGAAUGGAAAGGAUCGCAAACUGUAGCUAGCCAAUUAUGUUCUAAAUGGAUUUGCGGGUGACCAGCUGAUGCCUGGGGACAGUGUGGUUCUAUCCUCUUUCGUUAUGAAGGCCUGCUCAGGAUAAAUUGGCAAGAUGAAUUCCUUCUCGAUAAGGACACUUAUAUUUUUUCAUUCUUGUUUAUAUCCAUUACAAUAAUUUUAUUUGCAACCGAACUAAUUAUCUAUUUAUUUCAAUACCAAAUGCCAAAUGGUAGCUGAAAGUGAAACGAAAAGCCGGGUCAAAUUGUUAUUGUUAAUUUGUACAUAUUAUUUAAGAACAAGUGAUAUGUAAAACAUGCUUCAAAGUCUAUGAUAAAAAAAUUUUAGCUGCAUAUUAUUACAUAGCGCCGAAAAAUCGCGUCUAGCUGACAUCGCAUGACAAAGGUGAAUAAUUCGAUUUAUAUUUUACAUGUAAACUAAAUUUCAUACAGUUGUUUCUCUACGGUUUUCGGUCUGUGUCAUCGGUCUCGGUUCGGAACUUCCUCUUAACAUGCACAGGAUAGAAACGAAAUCAGUUGUACAAUGUAGACAUACAAUUUCACUUGUCUCAUGAAUAUAAAACCUAGCUGAUCACC